UUCAUAUAAAGUAAUUACACCUGAGUUUUUACCUAUCAAAAAAUAAAAUGCAAGUCGCAAAUAAAUUGCUACAUACAAAAAAAUCUUGAGCUAUAUUUAAAUAGCAGCACUGAACUGAACCACUCGUAAUCUUUGAUAUGCAUGUGCAAUGGCAACUUCUCUUUUUCUACUGCUUGGAGCUCUUUCUUUCAUAGCAACGAUCCAAGGCCAGGAUCAAUCAGGAUUUAUUAGCAUAGAUUGUGGACUACCUGAAAAUUACAGCUACGUUGAAAAGAAUACAGGAAUCAGUUACAUUUCAGAUGCUAAUUUCAUUGAUUCUGGUGUGAGUAAGAUUGUGUCGCCUCAAGAUAAGGCUACUCAUCAACAAUAUUUUACUUACCUUCGAAGCUUUCCUUAUGGAACAAGAAACUGUUACAGAAUAAAUAAUGUAACCAUCAACACUGAAUAUUUAAUCAGAACUAGUUUUUUGUAUGGAAACUAUGACGGUCUAAAUAAGCUCCCACAGUUUGAAGUUCAUGUUGGAACUAAUUUGUGGGACACAUUGAAAUUCUCGGAUGCAUCAGUGAGCAUAUACAGAGAGCUCUCUCACUCUCCAACAAGGGAUUAUGUAGAUAUCUGUCUGGUUAACAUAGGCACUGGCACACCAUUCAUUUCGGCUAUAGAAUUGAGGAUUCUUGAGAAGAAUAAUGGUCCCAGCUCUUCCUCAGUUGCACGUCUCAAAGGAUUAGACUUGGGCAGCAAGAACAAUUCAACAUGCAGGUACAGAGAUGACAUAUAUGACUGCUUAUGGGAGCCUUAUUCCGUGAAUGGGUGGAGACAGUUAAUCAGCACAAAUAUUGAUCCUAAUCCAACUCAGAAAAAGGCAGAUAUUGAUAAUAUUUAUGUUCCACCAGCAAGUGUGAUGAGAACAGCCGCUACACCAAGAAAUGCAAGAGAUUCUUUGGAUUUCUACUUUCACUUGGAUUAUGUUGCACACAUAUAUCAUGUCAGAUUCUAUUUUGCUGAGGUACAAAAGCUGUCAGCAAAUGAAAGUAGAUCAUUCAACAUCAGCGUCAAUGGCAAUUAUUGGGAAGGACCCAUUGUACCCACAUACAAUCAAACAGUUUUCUACGAUUUUUUCAGUACAUAUUUUGAAAGAGUUAGUGAAUAUCGAUUCUCACUUCUUCCUACAGAGUUCUCUACCCUUCCUCCUAUCACCAACGCUAUUGAGAUUUUUCUUUUUAAGGAUUUCUCACAGCCACAAACUCAAAAUGAUCAAGUUGAUGCUAUGAGAAAUAUCAAGAUUGCUUAUAAGGUGUCAAAAAAUUGGCAAGGAGAUCCAUGUGCCCCUGUAGCAUACAAGUGGGACGGUCUAAAUUGUAGUUCCGUUGGUACUUUAAAAAUCACAGCCUUGAAUUUGUCUUCUAGUGGACUAACGGGACAAAUUGUAUAUUAUAUCGCCAAGCUUACUGACUUAGAGUCCUUGGAUUUAUCAAAUAAUAGCUUAAACGGGGAGAUACCUGAUUUUCUGGCAGACCUGCCAUCACUUAAAGUCCUAAACUUGCAUAAUAACAACCUCACAGGUCAAGUUCCGAAUGCACUCAUCCAAAGAUCAAGUGAAGGAGUACUAUCACUAAGGUUGGGGCAAAAUCCAAAUCUGCUAUGUGAAUCUGCUCUUUGUGACCAACAGACAAAGGAUAAAAGCAAGAAAAAUAACAGAGUUAUUUAUAUACUAGCAUCUAUUUCUGCAAUUUUGGUGCUCCUGCUGUUAGUUCUUGCAACGGUUAACAUCAUUUACAUCAAAAAGAGAAAACCAAAAGAUUAUUUCAAAGUUCAUAAGGAGUUUAGUGAUCAAACUGGAUCACAGUUGGAAUCUAAGAGAAGACGGUAUUCAUUCAAUGAAGUAUCUAACAUGACCAAUAAUUUCGAAAGAGUCCUUGGUAGAGGUGGAUUUGGAACAGUUUACUAUGGCAUUAUUGAUGACAUUCAAGUAGCUGUCAAGAUGCUUUCGCAAUCAUCAGUACAAGGAUAUCAGCAAUUUCUAGCAGAGGUUAAUAUUUUGAUGAGGGUUCAUCAUAGGAAUCUAACUUCCCUCAUUGGAUAUUGCAACGAAGAAACCAACAUAGCACUCAUCUAUGAAUAUAUGGAAAAUGGCAACUUAGAAGAACAUCUUUUGGAGAAAAAUAGCAGGACAAAGUUGUUCAAUUGGGAAGAAAGGCUCACUAUAGCUAUGGAUGCAGCCCAAGGACUUGAGUAUCUACAUAACGGUUGUAAGCCACCUAUAAUCCACAGAGAUGUGAAAUGUACAAACAUUUUACUAAAUGAAAAUUUCCAAGCGAAAAUGUCUGACUUAGGUUUGUCCAGAAGCAUUCCAGUUGACGGCGGCACACAUGUAACAACUGUCAUUGCAGGGACUCCUGGUUACUUGGAUCCAGAGUACCAAGUAUCAAAUAGGCUAACAGAGAAAAGUGACGUUUAUAGUUUUGGGGUAGUUUUAUUGGAGAUAAUCACAGGUAAACCAGCAAUACUUAAAGCGGUUGAGGGGAAAAUUCACAUAAGUGAGUGGGUUAAAUCUAUGCUUGCAAAAGGUGAUGUAAAAUGUAUUGUUGAUACAAGAUUACAAGGAGAUUUUGAGAGUAGUUCUGUUUGGAGAGCUGUUGAAAUAGCAAUGGCUUCUGUGUCCAAUAAGUCCUCCAAAAGACCAUACAUGACUGAUAUUGUGACCGAGCUAAAGGAAUGUUUGGCUAUGGAGUUGGCUCGAAAACUUAACAGUUGCGAAACCAUGACUAUGAAUUUGGCUACAGAGUCAGAAAGCAGCUCCUUGGCUAGUUCCAUAAUGAUGUUUUUUUGCUGUCUAUCAUGUGUAGAUUUUCCCAUUCAUUGA